UUGUCAUUGUUUAUUUUUUUCAUAGGUCUUUGGAAUGAAAAGUGGUAUAAACAAAACGUCCCGAUUAAGUUUAUGUGAGGAUAAUUAAAUUAAAGAUCAAUAAUUUCAAGAGCACAUUGUAAUUGAAGAUAUGUCUCGUAAAAAUUACUCUCAAAAUGUCGAAGUUUGUGGAGAUUGUGGAUCAUCAGAAGCUUCUUGGGCUUCCUUGAAUAAAGGUAUUUUAUUAUGCACACAAUGUUGUAGUGUACAUAGGAGCCUUGGAAGGCACAUCUCCCAAGUAAAAUCGUUGCAGAAAAGUCAAUGGCCAGGGAAACAGAUGAACAUGCUAAUGACUCUGGUCAAUAAUGGGGUGAACAGUAUUUGGGAACAUAUGCUAUUAGAAAAUGGCUCGAAAAUGAUGUUGAAGAAGAAACCCAACCCUAGAGAUAGUUUAGAGGUGAAGUCAGAAUUCAUCAAGUCCAAACAUCAGAUGUGUACAUUUGCUCUCAGGCAGACAUUCGAUGAAGGUCCUAUUUGUGUUGAGAAUGAACUUGGAAAGCAAUUACAUGCUAGUGUUAGGACUCCUAAUCUUGAAACUUCAUUCAAGCUGUUAGCUACAGGAGCUGAUCCAAACUAUUUUCAUGAUGAAAAAGGAACUACUGUUUUACAUGUGGCAGUUAAAGGAGAACAAUUUCUUCAAAUCGAACUUUUACUAGUUUACGGAGCAGACCCAACAUGUCCAGAUGCACAUGGAAAAACCCCCAUUGACUAUGCAAAGAGCAAUGCAAAUAAGGAGAUCUACAACAGGCUUCUUGAGAGCCAAUUUGAAGUUACUGAUAGUUUUAGCUUCUAUUUGACAGUGCGGAAACCUGAUCAUCAAGCUGGUGUUCACAUUUUAAUUCCCCAAAAUGGAUUUUACUCGAAUUCUACUUCCUUGGAAAAAUUACAAAAGUUACCGAAUCAUCUUUUUGAGGAACUAGUUAUAGAUGUUUUCGAUGAAGUUGAUAGGAGGCAAACAGAAGCAAUUUGGUUGAGCUGUGUUGAUGCCAUAGAGCUAAAUACAGUUCCCUUUUUACCAGUAGAUCCAACAUUGUCCACUACAAGAAAUCAGGGAAGACAAAAAUUGGCUCGUUUUUCAACUCCCGAGUUGAAAAAUCUGGUCUAUGAUGUGUUAGUGGAUACUCAAAGACGGCAAGGUUUAUCGGAAAAAACUCGUUCAUGUUUCGAUGAGGACCCAGUGUAUGACACAGUAGCUUCAGAUGAAGAGUACGAUACUAUUCCUUCUCCGAAAGCUGUUAAAGUUUUCAGUACCUCAACUGAUGACCAAGAUAACUCGAAAACUACCGAAAUAUUGGAACUAACAAAGCAGUUGAAGUUAUCCGAUGAUACUAUAUCUGAUUUAAAAGCUGAAGUUAAUAAAUUGAAGGCAUGUGUGGAUACUCUGAUCUCCGAAAACACAGACUUGAAAAAUAAGCUUUCUAAAAUACCAGAUAAUUCUAGAUUGAACGGAGAAACUGCCUUCAACUCGUUGGAUACAAUUUUGAUGAACCAGGAAGAACCGAACAAUGUGCCUCCUCUGAGUGGAAAAUCUGUAGAUGAUAAUUUUAUUUUCGAAAGAAGAAAUCAAAGACCGUCCAGUAUGUACGAGACAAGAGAUGUAGCAAAAGGGGCCAAAGCAAGUCGACAAGCUUUCAAACAUCAGCUGAAAGAAUUCGAUCAGGCAAGAAGUGGGGUACAGAAUUAUUAUUCUGAGAGACAUUCCAGACAACCUAUCGAAUUGCUGACUGCGAAUAUCACAAAAAGUGUUCAACAGCUGUGGAAAUGUUUGAAUGAGUCAAGCAUAGAGGAGUGCAUACCGAAAGCUGAAAAAGUCAAGAUAGCCACUGCCAAGCUCAUUGCGAACCUUCCAAGAGAAAUGUUUGCCGAUAUAACCAAAGUUAUGCUAGAUGUACUACCGCGUUUGCAACCUGAAUGCAAGGAAUAUGUAGCUGCCUACAGGGAGGGCGAUGUUAAACUCAGGGAACAUCACCUAUCUCAAAUUCGUGAAUAUGCUUAUGUUCUUGUUCGUAACACGAGGGAGAUAUUGGCUAAAAGUUCGUUUUGAUGAAUCGAAAUUCAUAAUUUUUAUUUCGGCUCAAGCCAAUCUCUGAUGUUUUUUAUUAUUGAAUAUUUCUAAUUUAGGACUAAGUGCAAUUGGAUUUAAUCUCCUAGUUGGCAGAGUACAUCAAGUGGUUCAUCCUACAGUUAAGUACUGAAAGUAAUGCUUGACGAUUCAUCAUUUUUUUACGAUUUGAAAGAAUAUUUAGCACAAAGUGAAAUGCAAUUAUUCCAUUUUUAAAUACAGGGUUAAUUUGGAGUCAUUUCUACUGCCUAUUUGUGAAAGUUUAAAAUUUUCAAGUUGCUGAUAACUUGAAGAAAUUUAACAUAUCCCGAAAAAUUGAUUAGAAAAACUAUUUUUAAUCAUUCAAACUGUUCAUUGAAUGAAAUAGUGCCAAAUUUUGAAGGAAUUUCAAUUUUUAAAUAGGUUGAAAUAAUAAAUAUAAUUUUUUAAGAUUAGCUCAGUACUGAAGAUCAAGUUAAAACUAUAUUCUGUUAUAAAAUAUUUUUGUUACAUUUAUUAAAAAAAAAAUAGUUAAUAAGGCAUUCAUUAUCGAUUGAAUUAUAUAUUCGAAAGUAAAAUGAGUAUCCAUGUGUAA